AUCAAAGCAUAAAAAGUAGAAUGAUUCAUUUAAAAAUAAUACAAUGAUUAAAAAAUUACCAUAAGAAGUUAUUAAUAAAAUAGCUGCUGGUGAAGUAGUUUAAAGACCAUUUUCAGUUAUAAAAGAAAUGGUAGAAAAUUCAAUCGAUGCUCAUGCAUAAAACAUUACUAUAUAUUUGAAUAAUGCAGGAUUAGACUUAAUUAGAAUAAUUGAUAAUGGAGAUGGAAUUAUGAAGGAAGAUUAUGAAUUAUUAUGUGAAAGAUAUGCAACAAGUAAGAUUAGAGUUGCAGAAGAUUUGUCUCAAUUAUUUUCUUUUGGUUUUAGAGGAGAGGCCUUAGCUUCAAUAUCUUUUGUCUCAGAAAUGACUGUAAUUUCUAAAAGAAGAGAUUAAUAAGUUGGAUAUAAAGGUACAUUUAACAGUUAGAAAUUGUUGAGUAUGUGUCCUAUAGGAUGUUCUGAUGGUACAGAAAUUUAAAUUGCAUCAUUAUUUUAUAACUUAGAAAAAAGGAGGGAAGCAUUAAAUAAAUCAGAAGAGAAAAAAUCUAUAUUAUAGUUGAUAUAGAAUUUAAGUCUUCAUCAUUCCUAAAUUUAGUUUAAAUUGUUUUAUGAGAAUAAAUGUGAAUUUUCAUCUUUCAAUAGACUUGAAACAAUAUCCACUAUAAUGAAAAUUAAUUAAUCAUGCAUUUAAGAGAAAUAAUUUGAUUCCGAUGUGUAUAAAUAUGAAUCUCAUAUAAUAUUUACUAAACUUAGUUCAGUUAAGUGUAAGAGAGAAUUUUGUUUAUUUAUAAAUGACAGAUUAGUUGAAUGUGAUACAUUAAAAAAGAAAAUAACCUUAGCUUAUUAAGAUUGCUAUCUAUGUCUAAGGGUUGAAGAUGGAGGAUAUUAUGUUUAUUUGAGUAUUAAAUUAUAACCGAAAGAUAUUGAUCCAAAUGUUCAUCCAAAUAAAAAAAUUGUAAGGUUUUUAAAUGAGGAUGAGAUAAGUACUGAAAUCUCUGAAAAACUAAAAUAAGAGUUAUCCCCAUAAUAAACAGUUAAACUAGUGUAGACAAUGUUAAUUUAACCAAAAUCUUAAGAGGAGUAGAAAAGGAAUAGCUUUACAUUUAGGUAAUCAAUUUAAAGCCAAUAAUAAUAUUAAAAAGAAAAAGUUAGAAUUGAUCCAAAAACUUAAACUUUAAUAUAAUAAUUCGCAAGAAAAACUUCAGCAUAAUUUACUUAAAAUUAUUAAGAUUAAGUAAUAAAUACUUAAUCAUAAAAAAUUUAAGAAGAAAGUAAUAUUCUAAAUGAUAAGAGUCAAAAAUAAGAGAAUCCUAUUGAGAAUUAAACUUUGAAUGAAUCAGUUAGCAAAAAUCAAAGUAAAAAAAACCAAAUAUCUGAUUAAGAACCAUAAAUAAUAGAAGAAAAAUUGUAAAUUUAAAAUUAAUCAACAAAACAAUUCAAGAUAUCUUUGAAUGCUUAAUUAGAAUUAUUUAACAUUUUAUAAAAGAAACAUCAUAAGGAAACAUGUGAAUUUUAUAAAAAUAUUUCAUUUGUUGGAUUAUUAUAAGAUUAAUAAUAACUACUAGUAUAGAAUGACACUUAACUUUGUCUAAUAAAUAUGAUACCAAUGAUAUUCAAUAUGUUUAUUGUAUAAAUAAUGUAAGGAGAAUAACCAGAGGGAGUUUUAUUAAUGGAAAGAUAAUAGGAAUCUUCUAUAAGAAUAAUUUGUUAAGAUUAAUAAGAAAUUCUUUUCGAAGUUAUAGAAAAUGAUGUUAGCUUAGCAAUUUAGAUAGCAGAAUAAUUGUCUUUACUAUCUUACAACAUUAAAUUCAUACGAGAUUUUGUAAUGCCUUUUUUUAAAAAAUAUAAUGUUUCUGUAAUAAAAAAUGAAGUUCAAGUCAUUGUACGAUUGGAACAUUUGUAUAAGUAUUUUGAAAGAUGUUGA